GCUGAGAUACGCAGUGUCUGCACUGAAGCUGGAAUGUUCGCGAUACGGUCACGCAGAAAAAUGGCCACCGAGAAGGACUUUUUAGAAGCUGUGAACAAAGUGAUAAAAUCCUACGCCAAAUUCAGUGCGACUCCUCGUUACAUGACAUAUAAUUAG